AUGCCAUCCCAACAACAAUCAAAGAAACCAUACGACAAGUUCGGCAAUACUCAAAAAUACGAGUUCUUUUGGAAGGAUAAAUCAGUGUUUAGUAAUUGGCAUGCAGCUAGUUAUGUAUUAGAUGGAAUUCAAUUUGCAAAUACAGAACAAGGAAUGAUGUAUGGGAAAGCUAAAUUAUUCGGAGAUGAUGAGGUGGCAAAAGAUAUUUUGGCCAAUACAAGUCCAUCAAAUGCUAAACAGCUUGGAAGAAUGGUGUCGAAUUUCACUGACGACAUGUGGAAUCAAAAUAGAGAGCUAAUUAUGAAGAGACAUCUUUAUGCAAAAUUUUCACAGAAUGAGGAUAUCAAACAAACUCUAUUAAGUACUGGCGAUAAGAUAUUAGCGGAAGCAUCUCCAAAUGAUGCAAUUUGGGGAAUAGGAAUGAGAGAACACGAAGCAAUAGAGACCCACCCUUCAAAAUGGCCUGGUUUAAAUCUACUUGGAAAGUUACUAACUGAAGUCAAACAAGAACUGAGGAAUCAGUAA